AUGACGAAGUCCGCGCUUCUGUCAUCUAUGCGCUCCAAAAUGGAUACCGUCUCCUCGACUCCACCCAAUACUUACUACCUUGUCGAACCAGCAGUCGGCCAGGCAGUCCGGGAAACAGGAAUUCUUUGGAGUGAAAUAGCCGUCGUCACCAAGUUCUGGAGCAAGUGGCACCGCGAUCCUGCCUAA